UAUCUUUUCAAGCAGGUUGUUACCGGUAGAGUAGAGGUGCAGAUAACGUGGUUUCCUAGCCAAGUGCGGUGAUCAGGAUCAUUCGGCGCACCAGAGGCUUCUCUAGACUCUACUAGCAUUAUAUUAAAGUUUGGCACGUUGGGAUACCUACGCAGGCUAUUAUGCUAGCGAUUUUCAAUGGUGCCCUUCAGGUUUUCAGCUUUGGGGUGCCUUUCACAAGGGCAAAACUAAUUGAGGUACUUCUAUCAUCAUGCUGGGUGGUUAUGGUAUACGCCAUGGAAUAUCAUCUUUCCCUAUUGCAGAUGAGGAGACGAGGAGCUAAAGUACCUUCGUGUUGGAGGGAUACUCCGUCAUAUUCUGUGUCCCGUCGAUUUGAAAAGCCUUUUCAGAAGGCUUUUGGUUUUGUCAAAUCCACCACGAUCUGUCGAUGCCAGCGUGAUGUAACCAGAAAAGGGGGUCAUUAAGAGUGUUGCAGACUUAUAUACGUGUUUGUGAACGCCAAGGCCUAGUACCCAACAGGGGAG